AUGUCCAUCUGCACUUCUGAUCGGGGCCCCUCUAAUAUGGACGGGGCUUGUUAUCACACCUACAGCGAUGAAGCAUUUGAUGCAUUCAAAAAAUGCUGCGGCUCCGCUCCUGUAGCUCAGGUCUAUGACCAUAAACGACUGGUUGAAGAGGAUAACACUCGGGGUGGGUGCUUCGUCUACUGCCCAACUGUUGACGAUGGCCCGAGUCCCUCCAAGCUCGAAAAAUGUCUUAAGGCAGAGAUCGAUUCUGUUCGAUGCGACCCAUUUGGGUUCUACUCAGCUGCGGAUCAAGUCGAGCUCGCCACAAAACAGGCGAAAGACACUGGAUUUUGUCAGGCUUGUCUGGCAGACAUAGCAGACACCGUGGAGCCGUCGACAGCGGACAACGAAACCUUUGUUUCAGAAACUGCCACCGCAGAGCCGUCGACAACGGACGAGGAAAACCUUGUUUCAGAAACUACCACCGCAGAGCCGUCAACAACUGACAGCGAAACCUUUAUUUCAGAAGCUACUAGCGGCACAACGGCCAAGAAUACUAGGUCACCAAACACUGCUUCAACCACUCCCGCUCCGUCAAGAACCGGGGUUUCUGCAACUACGGCUUCAAUUGCUAAAGCGACCAGUACUAAUGCUGCUAUUGGAGUGUAUAAAGCGGAUAUCGUCCCAUGGAAGAUCGGAUUUGCUAUGGGAGCCAUGUUAUUUACAAGUGCAGUUGCUGGGAUGCUGGUCUAA